UUUAAGACUUGCUUUGAAGUACACAUUUAAAAAUAACUCGUUUUAGAAUAUAGCAAUAAAUAGUAUAUUCCUUUGUUAUCUAAACUUUUCACAACCUUUGUAAGUUACCUGUUAAGAUCACUUUUAUAAGCUAGUUAUUAUAGGUUGCAAAGAUCUGGAGAUGAGUGGGGAGAAGAGAGUGUGUCUGUAUGUGUGUGUACUCAGUGAUAGCAGAAUACAUUAGAAAGAGUAUGUGUUUGAAAUAACACACAACUUUAUUAAUUUAUACAACUUUGGGUAAAAUACAUCAUUUCUGAGUCUGUUUUUCCCACUAUAAUGGGAAUAUAGCAAGGUUAUUGUAUUAAAUGAGAAUGUACAGCACAUAGCAUGUCACAGAUGUUCAAAAGUAACUAUUAUUAUGUUUAUUAUUAUGUUUAUUAAUAAAAAUACUAGUUAAUAUGAAGAACACAGAUUGAAGGGGGACCAUGGUAUUUUCUUUGUAAGUUUUCUCUUGAGAAAUAUCCCCCAUGUUGGGUAAACAGAGAAAGAAGAAAAAAAAACUAUGAAAUGAUUGGUUUUGAUAUUUAUUUGUGGCUUUGGGAAAUUUAUAGGGAGAGAGAUUAUUUGCAUUAUCCCGUGCCCUUUUGACAUAGGUAAUUCAGGACGAAGGACAUUUUUUUUUCAUGUACCUCUUUAACAGAUUUUUAAGGCUUUAUUCCCUAUCCAAAUGGGAAGGGAGGAUUAUUUUAUUUCUUCAGUGAAAAAUCAAAUGAUUUAUAUAAUUUUAGAGUUAGGAUUUCUACAUUAUGAAAUUUUUGCUUUUCCCUUUAAAAUAUGAAUCAAUGAUUGAUUAAAUUCACCAAUUUAGAAAUUAUUAGACAAUCUUAAAUUUCAUUUGUUUAAACUUUGCAUUCUAGAAAAUAGAAUACACCUGGCAGAUUAAAACUGAUUUGGUAAAAAUAUGAAUAAAACAAUUUCAUGGUUUUUAUGAUCUCAUAAAAUAUUUCUCCAUCUUUAAACCUUUUUUAUGAGUCCAUUGCAGGCAUAUUCUUACUGCAACUGUCAUUAUAGGGUUAAACAUUUGCUUUAUUGUAACACACGAAAGCAGUUAAGCCGUUUGGAAUUGUUUACUUGCUAAAACCACUGUUAGUCAGCAGAGGCAGUACACCAGAUUUCCUUGUGGCUUUUAGUGGAAAAUGUUAAAAGCGCACUCAUUUUUCAGUUAUAGAAUUUUUUAGUUUGAUCUGGAUUAGUCACAGAACUGGCAUGAACCUUCUAAUUGUGAAGGCUGUCCAAAUGCACUAUUUUUUUCUCCUGCUAGAGGAAGUUACAUCCCGAGCAGUAGCUCAGAUCUCUGGUAAGUGUAACAUGUGAGCAUUACUAGGCAUUUCAUCCUGCGGGUCUGCAGUCUUUGCUCUUCAGACUGUUGCUCCGUUGGAAUGCUUCUGUGGGACCGAUACUGAGGUUCUAUAGAUAUUUUUUAAGGACCUACUCAUUUGGGGAUGUCAGUGGUGUUUUGCAAGAUCAUCUGAGGAACAGGAAAGCAUUUGAAAUCUGAAAAGGAUAACUGUGGCGGUUUUCACAGUGGAAGGAAACUAUAUUGGCAAAGAGGCAGAUGAUUGAAUAAAGUAGUUGGCUCAAAGAAGAUGCACAGUCUGCUGUUUUUUUCUCUGAAUGAAGACUGUUUAAUGGAAGCUGUAUUCAUGUGGAGAUCAAAGGAAACACUGGAAUGAUAAACUACUAUGUUUUUUUUUCUCCCUCUUUUUUUUUUGAAGAAAACAAAAAGCCUGAAGCAGUAAUUUGAGCUCAAAUGCCUUCUAAUUCCUUCACAGCCUGCUUGUUCUACUAGGAUUCUCCACUAACACCAUUUCUGCCUGGUGCCUGUGCCCUUUUGCUGGAGCAGCCACAGACAACUGCCUGAUAGAGAAAGAAUGAAUGCUCUGCCUUGCUUAUGCUAUCGACGGGAAUAAAGCUAACUGUGUUUCUUCUAUUAUGUGGGAAAUCUGGAUUAAUCAAGCUGUAUUCUAGUACCAAGAGUCAUAUUGUCUCUUGUGGUCUGACUCAUCACAUGUAAAUGUACUGCAGCUUUGCUAUUAAUGCAGAGUGGUUUUUUUUUCUUUUUCUUUUUCUUUUUUUUUUGCCCUUUUCCCAAACACUAAAAGAAUUGUUAACCUCUGAGCUUCAUUUUCAGGAUUUGUGCUGAGCUCUAGAUCUUUUUUUCUGUGAAUGGUAUCUGCAUUAAACCAGUGAUGAAGAAAUGAAGACAAAUUAGAAGUGGAAACAGAAUAGUGAGAUUUUAUUUUUUAUUUUCAAUUAUAAGCAAAACAUCUACUGGUAAUUAUAUGACCUUGCAGGCAAGAGUGGGUAUCACUGUGAUCAUCUCUGUCACAGCAGUUGUUUCUCAUUUCAUUCUAUAUUGUGUGGUGUUGUAUCACCAAAAACAAUGAUUGUUUUGUGCAAGUAAAUUUCAGAGAUAGAGCAAUAAGACUAUUUUGGUAGAGGAAAAAUAUUUUUAAGUGAGCUUGGACUCAGUUUUAGUUAUUGACAUGUUGGUGUGAAAUUUCUUCUUAAGUAUUGCAGUAAUCCAACAGAAAUAAUAGAAUUUCGUUAUAUUUAGGAAGUUACCAAUUAUGUAGUCAUAAUUUUAAACUUUUUCCAGUAGUACUUAUUAACUUUAAAAAAAAAAAAAAAACCAGCUGUGCUGUUCAGAGAAUGUUUGUAAGUGUUGUACAGAAGAGGAGGAAAAACUACUUGUGCUCUUCCAACUGUGACUUUUAUCACAUAGCUUGGAAUUUAGUGUUUUAAAAGAUCGAAUGAGUCGAGUGUGUAUUGUUGUUUUGGAGGAGGUAGAAGAUGAAUCUCCUGCAUUCAUUUCUAAAUUGCCACAGGAAAAUAAAUCCCUACAUUCUCCACCUUCUGGAAAUGUAUUGGUAAGAUAUCCAUCACUGGUGCAAGCUAUAUUUAACGGAGAUCCUGAUGAAGUUCGAGCACUAAUAUUUAAGAAAGAAGAUGUUAACUUUCAGGACAAUGAAAAGCGAACCCCAUUGCACGCUGCAGCUUAUCUUGGAGAUGCAGAAAUCAUUGAACUUCUUAUUUUAUCUGGAGCUAGAGUUAAUGCCAAAGACAGCAAAUGGUUGACACCUUUACACAGAGCAGUUGCAUCUUGUAGUGAGGAAGCAGUUCAGGUACUUUUGAAGCAUUCUGCAGAUGUUAAUGCUCGAGACAAAAAUUGGCAAACCCCUUUACAUAUAGCUGCUGCUAAUAAAGCUGUAAAGUGUGCUGAAGCUUUGGUACCUCUUCUGAGUAAUGUAAACGUAUCUGAUCGAGCAGGGAGGACUGCAUUACAUCAUGCAGCUUUCAGUGGACAUGGUGAGAUGGUCAAACUACUCUUGUCUAGAGGUGCCAAUAUUAAUGCUUUUGACAAGAAAGAUAGGCGUGCUAUCCACUGGGCAGCAUAUAUGGCUCCAGAAGGCAAUCCCAGAUCAGCUCAACACAACCAAAGUCACAUUGAAGUAGUGAAAUUGCUUGUGUCGCAUGGAGCUGAAGUGACAUGCAAGGAUAAAAAGUCUUAUACACCUCUUCAUGCAGCAGCCUCUAGUGGAAUGAUCAGCGUAGUCAAGUACCUUCUAGAUCUUGGAGUUGAUAUGAAUGAACCAAAUGCCUAUGGAAAUACACCUCUUCAUGUAGCCUGCUAUAAUGGACAAGAUGUUGUGGUGAAUGAACUUAUAGACUGUGGUGCUAUUGUAAAUCAAAAGAAUGAAAAAGGAUUUACUCCUUUGCACUUUGCUGCUGCAUCAACGCAUGGAGCAUUGUGUUUAGAGCUUCUAGUUGGCAAUGGGGCCGAUGUCAAUAUGAAGAGUAAAGAUGGGAAAACCCCACUACACAUGACUGCUCUCCACGGUAGAUUCUCCCGAUCACAAACCAUUAUCCAGAGUGGAGCUGUAAUCGACUGUGAGGAUAAGAAUGGAAAUACCCCUUUGCACAUAGCAGCACGGUAUGGCCAUGAGCUGCUGAUUAACACCCUUAUUACAAGUGGUGCUGACACUGCAAAGCGUGGCAUACAUGGAAUGUUCCCCCUCCAUUUGGCAGCCUUAAGCGGCUUCUCAGAUUGCUGCAGAAAACUUCUUUCUUCAGGAUUUGAUAUAGAUACCCCAGAUGAUUUUGGCAGGACUUGUCUACAUGCAGCUGCAGCUGGAGGGAAUUUGGAGUGCCUAAACCUUCUGCUGAAUACUGGUGCAGACUUUAAUAAAAAGGACAAAUUUGGGAGAUCUCCACUGCACUACGCUGCUGCCAACUGCAAUUACCAGUGCCUGUUUGCUCUUGUGGGAUCAGGAGCAAGUGUGAAUGACCUUGAUGAAAGAGGCUGCACACCCCUGCACUAUGCAGCUACAUCAGACACAGAUGGCAAGUGCCUGGAAUACUUAUUAAGAAACGAUGCAAAUCCAGGGAUCCGUGAUAAGCAAGGAUACAAUGCAGUUCAUUAUUCCGCUGCUUAUGGUCACCGUCUAUGUCUUCAGCUGAUUGCAAGCGAAACUCCUCUAGAUGUUUUAAUGGAAACCUCAGGAACAGACAUGCUGAGUGAUUCAGAUAAUAGAGCAACAAUAAGCCCUUUACACUUGGCUGCCUAUCAUGGUCACCAUCAAGCACUGGAAGUGUUGGUACAGUCUUUGUUAGAUCUUGAUGUCAGAAAUAGUAGUGGAAGAACACCCCUAGAUCUUGCAGCAUUUAAGGGCCAUGUUGAAUGUGUGGAUGUACUCAUUAAUCAGGGAGCCUCAAUCUUAGUAAAAGAUUACAUUUUGAAGAGGACACCUAUACAUGCAGCAGCAACAAAUGGUCAUUCAGAAUGCUUACGGCUAUUAAUAGGAAAUGCAGAACCACAGAAUGCAGUGGAUAUUCAAGAUGGAAAUGGACAGACGCCUCUGAUGCUAUCUGUUCUCAACGGGCACACAGACUGUGUUUACUCAUUGCUGAACAAAGGAGCAAAUGUAGAUGCCAAAGAUAAGUGGGGAAGGACAGCGUUGCAUAGAGGGGCAGUUACAGGCCAUGAAGAAUGUGUAGAUGCAUUACUUCAACAUGGUGCUAAGUGCUUACUUCGGGAUAGCAGGGGCCGGACGCCUAUACACCUGUCUGCUGCCUGUGGACACAUUGGUGUUCUCGGAGCCCUUUUGCAGUCAGCAGCAUCUAUGGAUGCAAAUCCAGCCACAGCAGACAAUCAUGGAUAUACGGCACUUCACUGGGCUUGCUACAAUGGUCACGAGACAUGUGUAGAACUGCUUUUAGAACAGGAAGUUUUCCAGAAAACGGAAGGAAAUGCUUUUAGUCCAUUGCAUUGUGCCGUGAUAAAUGACAACGAAGGUGCUGCUGAGAUGUUAAUUGAUACAUUAGGUGCCAGCAUUGUGAACGCCACAGAUUCAAAAGGAAGAACUCCUCUCCAUGCAGCCGCCUUCACAGACCAUGUGGAGUGUUUACAGCUGCUGCUCAGCCAUAAUGCUCAAGUCAAUUCUGUGGACUCUACAGGGAAAACACCUCUUAUGAUGGCUGCAGAAAAUGGACAAACAAAUACAGUUGAGAUGCUGGUUAGCAGUGCUAGUGCAGAACUGACUUUACAAGAUAACAGUAAAAAUACUGCCCUCCAUUUGGCUUGUAGCAAGGGUCAUGAAACUAGUGCCUUGUUAAUACUGGAAAAGAUAACAGAUAGAAACCUCAUCAAUGCAACCAACGCAGCCUUGCAAACACCUCUGCAUGUUGCUGCCCGAAAUGGGCUAACAAUGGUGGUUCAGGAACUUUUGGGAAAAGGAGCAAGUGUGCUUGCAGUAGAUGAAAAUGGCUAUACCCCAGCUUUGGCCUGUGCUCCCAAUAAGGAUGUGGCUGAUUGCCUGGCUCUCAUUUUGGCCACCAUGAUGCCUGUCUCAUCAAGUAGUCCUUUAUCAUCCUUGACAUUCAAUGCCAUUAACCGUUAUACCAACACCUCAAAAACAGUCAGCUUUGAAGCUUUGCCCAUCAUGAGGAAUGAACCUAGCUCCUAUUGCAGUUUCAAUAACAUUGGAGGGGAACAGGAGUACUUAUACACUGACGUGGAUGAGCUCAACGACUCCGAUUCUGAGACCUACUGAGAGGCUGAGGAGGAGGGAGUUCUCACAGUAAAGCUUCAAACUGUGCUUUUUCAGGAAAAAGGCACUUUGAUAUUCACGUAGAAAUUCAACCUGAGAGGAAAGAUCGCACAGUGAGCCAAUGUUAAGAGAUCUGAUGACAUUAGGAGGAAGAGUUUUAAAGGCAAGUUUUACAAAAGGAACUUCUAGAAUCUUGAAAUAGACUUGACUGAGGAGAACACAUUGAUGUCAGAAUUCUUUGUGGAAUUGUUUAAUUUGGUUUUGCAGUGCCAGGAAUAAUUGGGGACACUGUGCACUCUAACCUGCUUACACAAGCAACACUAUUGUAACAAAAGAAAUAAAGACACUAGAUUUAAAUUUUAUCAAUAAAAUUACAACUAAAUUUAAAGGCAAUAAAAGUUUGGUACAGUAGGCAUUAUGUGCACAGCAAAUUGCAAAAGGACCAAAUAACUGAAAGGUUUUUUUAAUAAAAUGCCAUUUUGUGGAAACUGGAGUAGAUUAAAUGAAACAUUACCUAAACCAAACUGCAAUAUUUCUGGAAAUGAAGCUGAGAUUUGGUUUUAAAUGUUGAGUUGUUUUUUUUUUUGUUGUUGUUUUUUUUAAGAAAACAUCUGAAAGCCUUCCAAUGCUGUAUUAAACCAUGAGAGAAAGCAGAUGUAUUUUUACAUUUUUUUCUUUUACAUAACUAUUUCAAAUUUCCAAUUUUUAUACUAUUAGAAUUAAAAACCAGCUGACUGGGUGCAAUACGGGUGAAAAUACUUGUGACACAGACAUUGAGAUGGAUUGGGGUCAGGCUGUUGCCCUGUUUUGAAUGGUUUGGGUUUAAAAUAAAUAGUACUAUUUUUGUUUGAAAAUGUAAAGAAUUUCCUAGAAAAAAAUUCGUGAAAUCAAAAAGUAGACUAUUUCACCCUAUUGCAGCUAAGUGGUCCUGGGGCAUGGAGUCUUCAACCUCUCUACUUUGAAUGGCACACCUUAGUCACUUAUGUUACUUUUGUGUCCCCACCAUGGGUUGGGGGAUUUUUUAUGUUUAUUCUGAUCUAUGAGUUUUGAAAAAGUGAAUAAUCAAAAGGAAAAUAAUUCCUUGUUGUUCAUAAAUUAAACAUCACUAAAGUAUCUUGGAAGGCAUUUCUGUAUUGGGCAAGAUUUAAAAUACUAAAGCCUUAGGUCCUAUUCAUAUUUAAAGUAGCAUGUUUGUAACCUGUCACUAUUUGGAGAGAGAAGCAGUUGCCUGCCAAAUUGAAGACUACCUUUCAAAUAGCAAAAGAGAGAGAGAAGGCUGAUAUUUCGGCUUUUAAAUAAAGAUUUGUGUGGUUCUGCUUUUACUGUAACUGUUACUUUCCCAGUGAAAAUGAUUUCAUAUACAUUGAGGGUCUUACAGGUAUGGGUAAAGUUCUAUAAAUUGCAACAAAAUGAUACCCAAUUUCAUUUUAUCCUUUUUGUAUUGUGAAACUGGAAACUUUAUGACAUUGUAAAUUAUCAGCUGGUUUUUCUGAAUAUAAAGUGUGAAAACACAGAACAGUAUUUUGAUCUAUUUGAUAAUUUUGUGAGUUUUUUGAAGAAUUAAUGAGCAUGUACAUAGAAAUAGUGACUGCUUGAAUACUGUAUUUACUUGCACUCUUUCAGUACAUCAAGAUUCCUGUAUAUUUUAGAGUAUAAUAAAACACAGAUGUGAGUUGUAUUUAAUGAA